AUGGAUAGAAAAUACUAGGAAUUAGUUGAUAAAAAGGCAUUUUUAGACAACGAAUUGAAAAAUCUAGAGAAAAGCAUAUUUGAUAAUGAGACUAAAUAUUUAGAGGACACAGCAUUCACUGGAAAUGUAAUAAAAGGAUGGGAUGGAUAUUUAAGCAUGAAAAAUACAAAAGCCAAUGCUGCUUUACAAAGAAAAAGUAAAUCAAGCCAAAAUGAUCGGAUAUUUUCAUUAAGUAGUAAAACAUCACCUUUUGUGCAGGAAGUGACCACUUAAAAUUAGAUUACUAAUCCAACUAAAUAAGUGAAUGCUGAAGUAAGUGGAGAAGAUAACAAAUAUCAUUUCAGAAGAACAAAAAAGAAAAAGUAUGCUGGGUUUCAAAAAAAUGAUCAAGGAGCUCAUACACCUCAAAGCUCAAGUGAUGAAUAUUAGGCAGAGAAAAAAAUUAAGAUUUCCAAAAAAAUAUGA